GGAUCGAGGCCAUUUGCCAGCAUGCCCUUUGCGAGUCGUGGAACGCGCUUGUGUACACACGGCCAGCCUCGGCGGGGUGCCGCCGCCGCUGCCCCCGCCGCGCUCGCGGGAGAGCGCGGAACUUCGGGGCCGGCGCCAAUCGUCGGCCUCAGGAGCCUCGUUCCCGGACCCCCUCGGGUCAUGAAAAAUUCGCGACGGGAGGUGUUCCUUUAUUUUCUCGGGUUUGGGUCAGGAGUCGCCCGCCCUCCGUGGCCAGGCUUUCUGCUCCUCAAGCGGGGCCAUGCCAUGCCGCCCCCCCCUUCCGCAGAGAAGGCGCCGAGGGGCCCGUGUGCAGACGGGCUGCGCCAGACUGCACCGCCGCUUUCUGCAGUUCCACAAGUGGCUCAGAUGCCGUCCACCACCACCCGUGGCCAUGUUGGUUCUGGCCAGCGGUUGCGGCGCCUGCUCGGCGGGCGCGUCGGGCUUGGGAUGGCGUGGGAGGCGGCGCGCGGGGAGCUGCUGGACGGCGGCCUGUGCGUGGUGCGGGGCCUGCUGGGCGACGACGGCCGCGCCGCCGCGGCGCUGAGGCACGCAUCCCUGUCGCUGUUCGCCGCGGGGGGCAUGCGGCCAGGAGCGCUCGGCGGCGGCGGCAGCGGCGGCGGCGGGCAGGCGGUCGACAAGGCCUGGCGGGGCGACUACGUCGCCUGGCUAGGCGAUGACGGCCCGCUGGACCCGCCGCCCUCCGGGCGCGGGCGGCGGGACUCGGCGGUGGCCGCGGCGGCGCUCUGCGCGGGCUCGCCGCUGCUCGGGGGGCGCCGCGGCUUCUGGCCGCCCAGCCGGGAGGAGUGGUCUGCGCUGCUGUCGAAGCUGACGGCGGGCAUGGACGCCGCGGUGAGCCGCCUCCACGGGCCCGGGCUGGUGCGCGGCGACGUGAUGGCAAGCGUGUACCCGCCUGGCAGGGGGGCUGGCUUCCGCCGGCACGUGGACAACCCCGAGGGCGACGGGCGGCGGCUCUCCGCCGUGUACUACGUCAACGGCGCCUGGGCCGCCGCCGACGGGGCCCUGCUGCGCGGGUGGCCAGGCGGCCGCGAGCCUCCGCGAGAGGUGCUGCCCGAGGCCGACGUCCUGGUGGUCUUCCGGGCGGACACCGUGGAGCACGAGGUGACGAGGAACAGGAUUCGGGGCCAGCAGCUGCGCCACCUUCCCCCACGGCUACCGCUGCGCGUUCACCUGCUGGUACUACGACCUGGCGGAGGAGCAGGCGCACCGCGAGGCUGUGUGCGAGGGCAAGCUGCGGCGCCGCCAGGCUCUGCCCGCGCGCAGCCCGCCUCUGCCACCGGCGGGCAGCUACCGGGCCUGCAUGGUCGGCCGCUCGGCACGGAGGAGCGGGGGCCCAGAAGUGCUGGGAAGCGGGCCUUGGAGCCUGGUGUUCUCUCCAGGGCCAGCUGUGCGUCCCGAGUGUAGCUCUUUGGCAAUCCCGUUGGAUGCUCGUGUGGGAGACUUUCGCAGGGCCCG